AUGGCGGAUCCUUAUCGCUCCCAUCCCAUCAAGUACCUGGAGGCAAGUAAGUCCUAUUCACCUCGCAUCGACGGCAACCCCCCCACCUUCGCUUCACCGUCACUCGCUACUUCGCCGCCAAAGUACAUCCCACAUCCCACUCCCCCAAUGUGCCAGUACAAACUCCAGAUCUUCGCAUGCGGGGAUUCCUACAUCACGCGCGAGAAGCCGUGCGCGAACAGGUACCCGUUGCACUGCAACACGUUUGAGGUGCCGCUCGAGACGCGGCAUGCGAUUGACUGCUAUCCUUGCCGCCGGAAUCCAAAGAGGAGGAUACUGCCGGCUAUGGCGAGGGGGAUUUACGCGCAUCGUUAG